AUGUCGACCCUCGAAGAAAAGAUCUCCCUCUUACACAACUACUCCGCCUGCGAUGUCUCCGACGCCCUCCUCAAACUCCAAUCCGUCCCCUCAAACACCCCGCCCCGAGCAGGCUACAUCGCAGACCUAAGCCCCUACCCCCCAAACACCACCACACCCACCAAACUAAUCGCCCCCGCCAGCACCCUUCAAUUCAUCCCCAAAUCCAACCCCACCCCCACCAGCAGCAGCAUCCCACCCUCCACGCACUGGUCCGACCUCACCACCCCAAACACCAUACUUGUCAUCUCUCAACCCCCAGACCAGCACUGCGCCGUAGUCGGAGGCAUCAUGGCCCUUCGGAUGAAAGUUCGGGGCGUGCUCGGCGUGGUGGUUGACGGAAGAGUGCGCGAUCGCGCGGAGCUCAAGGCCUCUGGAUUGGGGAUCUGGGCGAGGGGAGGCUCGACGGUGGGGAGUGGGGCCGAGGCGAAGCCCGGCGAGAUGGGUGGGGAGGUGUGUGUUUCGGGGGUUACUGUACGGGAGGGAGACAUCAUCUUCUGCGAUUACGAGGAAGGCGGGGUGGUGGCUAUACCUCGGGACUUGCUGGAUCGGGUUCUCGAGCUGAUGCCGAAGUUGGUGGGGAUGGAUGAUAAGGUCAAGGAGGCGGUGGAGGGGGGAAUGAGUGUGUUUGAGGCGUUUGGGAAGUUUAGGGGGAAGAUCUAA